CCUAAACUGUACAGAAGCGAAGUUGAAGGCUGGGCGCGGAUAACAGAACGCUAUGGUUAAAAGAGACGUAGAAAAAUUAAAUGGACAUUUUAGCUACAUAUAAUAGUUACUGGAAAUCUGUUUUGAAUAAUACAACAUUUUUAAAUCAACCAUUUUUCCCCUCUUCCGUUUAAAAGGCCUUUUUUUGGGAGUCUAAUCGCCACAGUCUCUGCGUACCGACCCGCUACCAGGCAGUGAAACAUUUUCAUCUGGGCAGAAGAGGCUUUUUCCUUCUCGUCUGCGUGUUGGAUAUAUAGACGGAUUUGAUCGGAAUAUAUAUUUAAGACAAGUUGGAUCAUCAAUUUUGCUAAAUCGUUUAGCUAAAUGAGUAUAAUCUUCGUGGUUAUCUCUCCGAUCAGAUGUCAGAAAUCCAUAUGACAGUACCAGCCACACAAAAAAAUAUAUGUCUAGUUAUCUAACGUUAGUUGGCCUUUGGGAAAUGUAAGGUUACUUUAGCUGCGUUUCAUGGAUUUGUAAAGUCCUAUCAUAAACAGCGUGCUAGAUAGUUGUUUUGAAGUGUAUAUAUAUAUAUAUCUUUUCUUUCUUUCGUGAAUGCUGGUUCGCUGGUUAGUUAUGAGAAGGUUAACGUGUGAUGGCUGACUGUAGGUAACGUUACUGUAGCCCAGUACAGAGGAGACUCGGAUGUCGAAAUAAAACGUUUUGGCAAUCAAAAACAAUAGCUAGCUGGGUCCUAAAGUAGACAGACAACGUUAGCUAUUUUCAUAGCUCAUCAAUUGUUGCAAUAUUGAUGUUAGCUUUUGAUUUUUAAAAUAUUUUUUUAAUCACAUUUGUUUGUUUGUUGUUGCACUGUCUGGGACCUAAAUGACUGUUUGGACAAUCAAGGGUAAAUAACAAAUCAUGAAUAUCAACUGUUAAACCUAGAAGACAUUUAUUCAUCCAUAGUAUUUGAUUUGGACUAUGUUAGAUUAUUAGAUAGUCCGGGCGAAUGUGCUCGUCUAGCUCACAGAUUGAAAGGGGUGAAAUAAGGAGAACUUCUUGGAGAAACCGCCCGUCCCAAUUAAUCCCACCAGCCAUGGCAGUCCUGGGCCGAAUGUCGGGGCUGGCACUGGGGCUGUACGGCAUCCUGCUCCUCAGUCCCGUCGCUGCUGCCCAGAGCGAGGAGCGUGAGUGUGCCUUCAACGACCAGCAGCAGCAGUAUGACGAGCAGCGUGUGGGAGCAGUGGGAGGAGCAGGAGACUGGCCUAUGACCAGAGAGAAUACUACAAUACGCUGCAGUAAGGGCUCUCGAUGCUAUGGCCUGUGGGAGAAGACUAGAGACGGAGAGAUACACCUGGUCAAACAGGGAUGCUGGACUCACAUCGGGGACCAGCAGGAGUGCCAUGACGACCGUUGCGUGGUUACCACCACUCCGUCUCAGAUCCAGAACGGGACGUAUAGGUUCUGCUGCUGUAGCACUAACAUGUGUAACGUCAACUUCACCGAGGACUUCCCCCCGCCCAGCCCCACCUCUGCACAGCUAUACCCACGGCCGCUGUACCGCGAGGAGACCAUCGUGAUCGCCCUGGCGUCUGUCUCCAUAGUAGCGGUGCUGAUCGUGGCGCUGUUCUUCGGGUACCGCAUGCUGAGUGGAGACAGGAAACAGGGACUACACAACAUGGACAUGAUGGAGGCCGCAGCCUCAGAACCCAGCCUCGACCUGGACAGCCUUAAACUACUAGAGCUGAUUGGUCGAGGGCGAUAUGGCUCCGUGUAUAAGGGUUCUCUAGACGAGCGUACCGUGGCCGUCAAGAUGUUCACCUACCAGAACCGGCAGAACUUUGUCAACGAGCGAGCCAUCUACCGUGUCCCCCUGCUGGAGCACGAUAACAUUGCACGCUUCAUCGUAGGAGACGAGAGACUCACAGCCGAUGGACGCGUGGAGUACCUACUGGUCAUGGAGUAUUACCCUCAUGGUUCUCUGUGUCAGUACCUGAGUCUGCAGACAGGAGACUGGGUCAGCUGUUGUCGCCUUACACACUCUGUCACACGGGGGCUGGCCUACCUGCACACUGAGCUGCUGAGAGGAGACAUCUACAAGCCAGCCGUAUCUCACAGAGACCUGAAUAGCAGGAAUGUUCUAGUAAAGAACGAUGGGACAUGUGUGAUCAGUGACUUUGGUCUGUCCAUGAAGCUGACAGGGAACCGCCUGGUCAGGCCUGGAGAGGAGGAGAACGCUGCCAUCAGUGAGGUGGGUACAGUCCGAUACAUGGCCCCAGAGGUUCUGGAAGGGGCGGUGAACCUGAGGGACUGUGAGUCGGCUCUGAAGCAGGUGGACAUGUACGCCCUGGGGCUCAUCUACUGGGAGACCUUCAUGAGGUGUACUGACCUCUUCCCAGGAGAGACGGUGCCAGACUACCAAAUGGCGUUCCAGGCCGAGGCAGGGAACCACCCCUCCUUUGAGGACAUGCAGGUCCUGGUGUCCAGAGAGAAAGAGAGACCCAAGUUCCCCGAGGCCUGGAAAGAGAACAGUCUGGCGGUGCGGUCCCUGAAGGAGACCAUGGAGGACUGUUGGGACCAGGAUGCUGAGGCCAGGCUGACCGCUCAGUGUUCAGAGGAGCGCAUGGCUGAACUACUGCUGAUCUGGGACAGGACCAAGUCUGUCAGCCCCACGGUUAACCCUAUGACCACCACACUGCAGAACGAGAGGAACCUGUCCCACAGCCGCAGGGGUCCUAAAGUCAGCCCCUACCCAGACUACUCCUCCUCCUCCUACAUCGAGGACCACGAGGGCCACACGGUGAAGAACCUUCCUGGGGGGGACACCUCUGUAUCGGGUACCUCCUCCGUCGGCGUCCUGGGUGGAACUAGCAGUGUACCCGCAGGCCCAGAGAAGAACCGAAACUCUAUCAACGCCGAGCGUCAGCAGGCUCAGGCCCGUCUGCCCAGCCCAGAGAGCAGCGGCGCCAGCCUCUCCACACCCAACACGGUCAUGACCACCAUCUCUGAGUCGGGUCAAGGGGAGGACUCAUCCGGCCCACUAGGUGGCACUGUACUGGGGCUGGUGGUGCCGGUGUGUCUGCAGCUGACCCAGGAGGACUUGGAGACCACCAAGCUGGACCCUAAAGAGGUUGACAAGAACCUGAAAGAGUCUUCUGAUGAAAACCUUAUGGAGCACAGCCAGAAACAGUUCUCUGCUCCAGACCCCCUCAGCUGUAAGUCUUCCUCCCUGCUCUAUCCACUCAUCAAGCUGGCUGCGGAGGUGACUGGGGCCGGGCCUGGGGCCCAGGGAGGGUCUGGGACCGGGGCCAGUGGGAUGGGGGACCCUCCAGCUACUAUGUUCCCCCUGCCCAAACAGCAGAACCUCCCCAAGCGGCCCACCAGCCUACCACUCAACACCAAGGCCAAGGAGGGCUCUGGUUCCUCCAGGCUGAAGUCUGGGAAACACCGGUCCAACCUGAAACAGGUAGAGACGGGCGUGGCCAAGAUGAACACGGUCGCCCCAGCGGCAGAGCCACGCCUUGUUAACGUUACCAACAACGGGCCAACGGCCGUAGGAAACGGGGUGCGGAGCGGUGUAAGCGUCGUGGUCGUCAACGGUUACCUGAACGGAGGCGUGGCCUCUUCAACUGGAGGCGGGGCUCCUUACGGGACUACCAAUCCGGCGGGCCCUCAGGGGGAGUUGGGCGGAGCGACACCCUUGUUACAGACCCAGCUCAGCGGAGAGGACAGUAGACUCAACAUCAACUCCAGUCCUGAUGAACAUGAACCGCUGUUAAGGAGAGAGCAGCCCACCGCAUGUGACCAGAGACCAACCAAUCACCUGGCGGGCCGCACCAACACCAACAACAACAACAACCGUCUGGUGAUCACAUGUCCAUCUGUAGAGGGACAGCCUGAACCCCUCACGUUUGUCCCCAUACCUAGACCUGUCUCUGUACCCAAACCCAUCUCCGUACCUAUCACUGCCCCUCUCACUGCCCAACUACCAGUCCCAGUCUCAACCCCAGUCCCAGUCUCAACCCCAGUCCCAGUCUCAACCCCAGUCCCAGUCUCAACCCCAAUCCCAGUCUCAACCCCAGUCUCAACCCCAGUCCCAGCCCCACCAGUCCCAGUCUCAACCCCAGCCCCAGUCUCAACCCCAGCCCCAGUCUCAGUCCCAGUCUCAACCCCAGUCCCAGUCCCAUUCUCAGCCCCAACCCCAGUCCCAUUCUCAACCUCAGCCCCAGCGGCCCUCAGACAGCCCAAACCCAGACGACCUGAGAGACCCUGCUCCCUGGACCUGUCUGGCUCCUCACACAACAGCUCUUCAGGUGAUGGUUCGUCGCUGGACGGCCAGGGAGGGUCAGGUGAGAAGAUCAAACGUCGUGUCAAGACACCGUACUCCCUGAAGAGGUGGCGCCCCUCCACCUGGGUGGUCUCCAUGGAUACGCAGGUUGGAGAGGUAAACAACAACGGAACCUGUCGCUCCAAGUCCUCCACUGCCGUCUACCUGGUAGGAGGGGGGACUACCACAGCCACCAUGACCUCUGACCCCUGUGACCCUGGCAUGACCUGCCUGUGAACCCUGACCCCUGGAGCAGGGUGUGAUAACAGGUGGGCAGUGUGUUGCAGAAAUGCCAGCUGCCUGUUUGCCAACUACACCCAGCUGGCUACUAACCUUUAUGUGGUCGGCUACUUCAAUGACUUUAACAAAUUGGGGUGUAUCAGAUGCCACCAAAUGUGAUUUUUUUUUGGAGGGGGGGCAGAAUGUGUUGCCCUGACCUCCCACACCUCCAUAGCUGGCAACGUUUUUCAUUAUGCUGGCUACAUUCGAUUUUCGGGAACACAUUGAGGAGGGCGUGGCCUCCUUAGGCUACGGCUGUGUCUACAAUAACACCCUAUUCCCUAUAUAGUGCACUACUUUCGACCAGAGCCGAUAUGGUCGAUAGGGUCUGUUGUGAAUAGGGUGUCAUUUGAGGCGUUGCCUACCUGUAUGACAGCAUGCUCCGGUUUCCUUGGUUUCCUGAUUUCCUGGUUCAAAUUCCGUCAGAAGGAGAAGAAACGAUGUGACUGCAAGAGAAUCAAUUGUCAAGAAAGAAGCACUUAUAAAUUAUGAUAUUCUUUUCUUCUCAACUUUUUCUUUACUUUGAAGAACUUUAAAACAGAAUAUAGCUAUGCAGCGACAUUGGCUUCACUUGCUUCCAUUAUAAAUGCUGUUCCACAUAAGUCAUUGUAUGAUUGUACGUACGGCUGUUUUUUGAAUUUUGAACAAUGUUGUUUUAUUGUUUUCGCACUUCAAAAAAAAAAAAAAAGUGAUGUCAAUCAUCUAGUGACCAUGGUAACUGGUCUAAAAAACAUUAAGAGAAAAGACAAGACUGAUCAAGCAGGAGCAGUGGGUCUUUAAGACUGGGUUAGAUGCUCAUUGGUUUCCAGUAAUGUUUAUGCAUAGUACAUUCAGUAAUGUUAUAUUCUUAUUAUUUAACCAGGCAAGUCGGUUUCAGAACAAAUUCUUAUUUACAUUGACCGCCUACGCCGGGCCAAACCCGGACGACGCCGGGCCAAACUCGGACGACGCCGGGCCAAACCCGGGCCAAUUGUGCGCCGCUCUAUGGGACUCCCGAUCACGGAUGUGAUACAGGCUGGAUUCGAACCAGGGACUGUCGUGCACUGAGAUGCAGUGCCUUAAACCACUGCGCCACUCGGGAGCCCCCGUUUAUGCUUCAGUACAUUCAGUAAUGUUUAAGUAUUCGUUUUUCCAUCACAUUGUUAAAUGUCCGACAGGCUUUAGCGUUGAAGUUUAAACCAUUUUUUAUGUGUUCUUCGCAGCGGUUACUUCUGUUGUUAUUAUGACAUUGUAAACAGUACCCUUAUUAUUAUCAUUAGUAGUAGCUGUCCUGCUCUCUGUCACAUGUCCCUGAAUGAGACAGCUGUCUACAAGGACAUGAGGUAUCUGCAGCUCUCUAUAAGGACAUUAGAGAUAUCUGCAGCUGUCUACAAGGACAUGAGGUUUCUGCAGCUGUCUACAAGGACAUUAGAGAUAUCUGCAGCUGUCUACAAGGACAUUAGAGAUAUCUGCAGCUGUCUACAAGGACAUUAGAGAUAUCUGCAGCUGUCUACAAGGACAUUAGAGGUAUCUGCAGCUGUCUACAAGGACAUUAGAGGUAUCUGCAGCUGUCUAUAAGGACAUGAGGUAUCUGCAGCUGUCUAUAAGGACAUGGGAUUUUGUUCUGUUACAAAAACAAAUUAGCGACAGUUUAACGUCAGUCUACUCCGACUGACCGUUGAACUCCUCUUCAGAAGACACUCAUCAUUAUUCUAAACCUUUCACUGUUCUCUCUACCCAGUCAGUCCCCUGCCUAGCUUAAUAAACCAGACCAAUUAUUGGUAUACAGUCUGAAUCAAAGCACUGCUCGUUUCCUUACGAGCCAGAAUGUUGAAUAAAAUGACAUUUGAACUUCCGUUACCAGUUGUCUGUCCGGUUUGUCCUUCAGCUGGUUGAAAUAUCCACAGUAGUAGUAUUUAACAGCCUUUUUAGAGAGCUGGUAACACCUUUGAAAACGCUUGUCGCCUUGACGCAUGCACAGAACCAUGUAAACACCGGCAAGACUUGGGUCAGUACGCGUCGCCUGGCGGUACUUCACGUGCCUUUGGGUCAUGAGCAAAAGAAAAGGAUUUGCCACACACAGAGAUGUGCAUUUUGAAGUCUGUUUAAUAAUAAACUGCAUUGUUGGAAAAGGACCUGUCAGUCAGCCUUUCACUGUUAGUCUACACCUGUCGUCUACAGAAGUAUGUGACUAUUAACAUUGGAUUGAAUUGAUAACUGUGGAUAUUUUGUCUUAAAUUUCAACCAGCUGAAGGACCAACCCUAUGGACAAUCGGCAGAGUAAGUUCAAAUAUAAUUUUAUUAAUGUUUAGGUUUUUUUUCUUAUGUAAAUGUGCGUAGCUAUGCUGUACAUAGACAGACAGUCCUCUACUCUAUAUUCACCCUGCUCUAGUCUAGACUACUGGAGGAGGGUUAACAGACAGUCCUCUACUCUAUAUUCACCAUGCUCUACUCAAGACUACUGGAGGAGGGGAAACAGAAAGUCAGUCCUCUACUCUAUAUUCACCAUGCUCUAGUCUAGACUCCUGGAGGAGGGUUAACAGACAGUCAGUCAUCUACUCUAUAUUCACCAUGCUCUAGUCUAGUCUAGACUCCUGGAGGAGUGUUAACAGACAGUCAGUCCUCUACUCUAUAUUCACCAUGCUCUAGUCUAGUCUAGACUACUGGAGGAGGGUUAACAGACAGUCAGUCCUCUACUCUAUAUUCACCAUGCUCUAGUCUAGACUACUGGAGGAGGGUUAACAGACAGUCAGUCCUCUACUCUAUAUUCACCAUGCUCUAGUCUAGUCUAGACUCCUGGAGGAGGGUUAACAGACAGUCCUCUACUCUAUAUUAACCAUGCUCUAAUCUAGACUACUGGAGGAGGGUUAACAGACAGUCAGUCCUCUACUCUAUAUUCACCAUGCUCUAGUCUAGACUACUGGAGGAGGGUUAACAGACAGUCAGUCCUCUACUCUAUAUUCACCAUGCUCUAGUCUAGUCUAGACUCCUGGAGGAGUGUUAACAGACAGUCAGUCCUCUACUCUAUAUUCACCAUGCUCUAGUCUAGUCUAGACUACUGAAGGAGGGUUAACAGACAGUCAGUCCUCUACUCUAUAUUCACCAUGCUCUAGUCUAGUCUAGACUCCUGGAGGAGUGUUAACAGACAGUCAGUCCUCUACUCUAUAUUCACCAUGCUCAAGUCUAGACUCCUGGAGGAGGGUUAACAGACAGUCAGUCCUCUACUCUAUAUUCACCAUGCUCUAGUCUAGUCUAGACUACUGGAGGAGGGUUAACAGACAGACAGUCCUCUACUCUAUAUUCACCAUGCUCUAGUCUGGACUCCUGGAGGAGUGUUAACAGACAGUCAGUCCUCUACUCUAUAUUCACCAUGCUCUAGUCUAGACUACUGGAGGAGGGUUAACAGACAGUCCUCUACUCUAUAUUCACCAUGCUCUAGUCUAGACUCCUGGAGGAGGGUU